AUGAAAUCGUGGUUUUACACCAAACAUGGAAGUCCCAGCGUCAUGGAAAUGGGCACCCAACCGGAUCCGAAGCUGGUUGAUCCAAAAGACGUCGUGGUUAAAGUGCAUGCAGCCGCGCUAAACCCCAUCGACUACAAACGGCGACAAGGCGCGAUGAAGUUGAUAAUUAAAGACACUUGGCCGCAGAUCGUUGGCCCCGACAGCUCCAAGACUAGCAUUGUGGCUUGUGGCAUUAAAGACUCGAUGGAACUCAUAUGCGAUCUUAAUUUUCAACUGUUUAAGCUGCGAUUAGAAUCGGCAUAA